AUGAUCAAGACCUUUGGGCUCGACGAUGCGGUCAUGGUGUUGGCGUUUCUUGCCGCCGUUGGGUCGAUGGUGUGUCUGGUGGAAGAGACAAAGUAUGGCGCUGGUCGUCAUUUUAUCGAUAUCAGACUGGACGAAUUUGCACAGCUGGCAUUCUGGCAAUAUGUCCAUGGUCCAUUGCUUGUCACUGGGAUCAGCUUGGUAAAGAUCUCCCUUGGAUUUUUCCUGUUGCGUUUCGUACAGGGCCUCUGGUACACUCGAUUUAUAAUUUUCAUGAUCGUCUUCCUGACGCUCUUCACCCUCACAUGCGACCUCACUUUGGCACUACAAUGUAUACCGCCCGUCGCAGCAUAUACAAUCCCACGACCGAUAGAUGCAAAAUGCUUUUCGGCAGACACUUUCCUGGCAAUAUCGACGUUUAACGGAGUAAUGAACAUCCUCACCGAUGCGAUAUUUGUCCUCUUGCCCGUACCUAUAAUUAUCAAGCUCCAGGUCAACCGAAGGACAAAGCUCUCACUGCUCUUUAUUUUGAGUCUAGGACUCUUUGCCUGUAUAGCAUCAAUCGUACGCGUGUACGUCGGCUCCCACGUUUUCGAAGAUCUCGAUUAUACUUGGGCAUAUGCAUUCUUUAUAUGGAAUUACGCCGAAUUACACACUGGAAUAGUAGCCGCUUGUCUGCCAGCCCUGAGACCUCUCUUCUCUUCGAUCCUCGAGAACACGAGCCGGCGGCUACGCGCCACCGGCUACCUCUACGACUCGGGCGGCCGGUUCGCCCACAAGUAUGGCGGCUCGCGGAGCAACCACAACCGGAGCGGCUACCACCGCCACGACGACGCCGUCGGACUCAACAGUCUGCAGCGAAAGCACCUCGAGGAAGGGGAGGAUGUCGGCGGCAUGUACAAUGCCCGGGUGACGAGCACGAGCGGCACGGGCGUGAGCCGUAGUGGCGGCGGCGGCGAUGACAGCAGCGAGGAGGGCAUCCUGCCGCCGCCGCCCCGGGGCGCGGUCAUCAAGACGACGCAAAUAGUGGUUACCGAGGGAAGGCAGGGGGUAUAG